UUUUUAUCUCUCUCAAAACAAAAUAAUUUUACAAGAGAACAUUCGACGAUCGUCGGUUAAAGAUGUGACAUUGAACAUUAUUGGCUCCAUCAAAAAAUUGGCAAAUUAUUUAUUCAGGACCCAAAAAGAGCAGCAAAAAUGGACAAAAAAUUCACAUUAAUCAUGUGUUUGACAGUGGCACUGGUGCAUCCAUCAAUGUCAAUAAUAAUCGAGUGCAAAUACGACACAUGGAACUACAACAUUUUAGGGACAAUUUAUGACUGCUCCGUUGAAAAUUAUCCACGAAUUGUGACGCACGAGUCAGCACUAAUCACAAGAAUUAACGGCGAACACAAAAGUCCAAGAAGCAGUGACGAUGUGUUUGGAUUUCAGGCAGUCAAUAAAGUCAUUCGAUAUUUUCCGCGGGAUUUGGAGAAAUUUUUUAAAAAUAUUCAAGCAAUUUACAUCGGAUCGAGUCAAUUAGAGCAAAUCCAUCAAUCAGACUUGAAGCCUUUAAUUAAUUUAACUUAUUUUUAUUUAUGGUCAAAUAAUAUUCAAGUCAUUGAGGAUGGAUUGUUUGACUUUAAUCCACAUUUACAGCUUAUUGGACUAGAUGAGAAUCAUAUUAUUCACAUACAUCCAAAUGUCUUUGAUCAUUUACACAAUUUGAGGUUCUUUUGGCUUAAAAAUGCGCCUUGUGUUCAACAAAAUGUUCAUGACUCGAAAAAGGAAGUCCAAAAAGUUAUAAAAAUGAUAAAAAAUCAAUGCAUUAGUUCUGAAUUUUUGGCACUUGAUGAGCAAUUUAAAAGCCUAGAAAAUGCAUCGAAAAUUUUCGAUUCUGAAAGUUUUAAUGAAAAAUUGGAAGUUUUUGAGCAAAGUUUUUUAAAUUCAAAAUUUGUGAGUUUUCGUCCAUUAAAUUACAAGUUUGAGGGUCUUAAGGUUCAAAGGGUUGAGAAUUUAGUGAGUAGACAUGUUGAUGUUGAGAAUAGAAGUCAAAAAUUGAGUUUGAAGAAUAUUUUUGUAAUUUUGGGAAUUUCAAUAAUUUUUUUUAUUUUUGUAAGUUGGGAUUUUUAAAUUUACAAGGCAUUUAAAACUGAAAUUUGAUAGAUUUUCGGUUUUUAUAGAUUUAAUAUUAGAUUUUUGUGAAAGAACGUUGAAUACUUUUGUUUUUAAAAAUAUAAAACUACGAAAAUAAUAUUAAAUUUGUGAACACAAAGUUUAAGAUUUAUAAAAAUUUCUUUUUGUUGAUGAAAAAAAUUAAUUAUUUAAAUAAAUGUCAAUCUACCC